AAGGAACGUGGUUUAAUAACCUUAAAAUUAAAUUAAAGAACAUAAACAAAGGCAGGACCUUGUAAAUAUUACCAAGAUAAAUGAACAUUGUGAUAUUUCGUUUAAAUUACUAAUUUACAAUGACGGAAAUACAAGUUGGUUUUUUGUAUAACAUAGCUUCUGUAGUGUCGCGUUUAGGUAAUGAUGAACCAAAAUCAUUACUGGAAAGUUAUUAUUUAAUGCGCUGCAAGGAAAUCACACGAGGAUACGGUCUUCCCGAUAAGUACUUCGCUACGAAGAUAAGAUGUCCUAAAUGUUGUCUGGAAUGGAACAACUCUGAAGUUAAGGUUUGCCCUAUAUUAUUAUCGAAACGACAAAAGAAGAGACUGAAAUCUCGUAAAGUGAAAGAAAGCAAGAAAGAAUGUAUAAGACGGAAACAAAAUUUAGUAAAUUGUAAUAAAAUAGAACAAAUUUGUACAUUCUGCAAAAAGAGUACAUUCAUUACUUCUAUGAAGCCACAAAAAGAAGUCACUGAAAGUGAAAAUACCAAAGUGGAUAAUACAUCCAAAAUCAAGCAAAAUGAAACACCCAAAACUAAAAGUAACUCACCAAAACAAACUUCAAAGAUCAGUAAACCAGACAAAAAGAAAGAAAUUAAUGUGUAUACCAGUGCAUUGGAUGUAUUUUCAUUGAAAAAUAAAAAUAAUAAUUUGGUCACCAAGGAGCCACCUAAAGUUAUUAAGAAUAAUAAAAAGAGAAAGGACAAGUUCGCAGGAUUGUGCCAACAGGCUGUUUUAGCUUCAGCAAAACUGAAAUCUAAAGAAGAAACAAAAAAAAGUGUAUUGAGUCUAUUUUUAAAACCAUCUUCAUAAUAAAUACAACAAUGUGUAUAAAAAUAUAAAAUUUAUUGAUUCCUUGUUUCCCUACUGAUAACUAUGAUAUGUAUAUCCAUUACAUUAGUGUUUGUAUGGCCUGUAAUAACAUGAAACUUGCCAUCAAAAUUAUUGUGGUAGAAAUUGUAGCUGUCAUUUUCGGAUAAAUACCUCUGGUAGUCAAUGUUCUUCUGUUUAGCAUCAGAGAUUAAAUUAAGAUGUCCUAUAGCACCAGCAGCAUCAGUUGGGCCAUCAAUUCCAUCAGUACCAGCACUCAAAAAGUAAACAUCAAAGUUCUUGAACUCAUCUUUCUUAUGAUGUAUGUGUUCAGAAAAUUCUAAAGCUAAUUGUUGAUUUCUGCCUCCUUUCCCAGAACCUUUUACAUUUACAGUAAUUUCUCCACCAAGAAUCAAGCACAAAUUCUUAUCUUUAGCUGUUAUAUUAUUAAAGUCUUCCAAAUUCUUCUCAUGAAUUCCAGGAAUGUUACAAGCUUUGACACAUUUCUUUAAUUUUUCUAAUUUUAAAUCACCAGAUAGAUAGUCACAGAAAUGUUUUGUUAGUCUGACAUAUUCAGAGGCAACUUCUUUCACAUUUCCUGUAACUUCAUUAGACAGAGGAAAAGCUAGAUAAUUUAAUUUCCUUGCCUCUUCCAAAGCGGCUGCUAUAGCAAUUUUGUUUGAUCCAAUAAUAUAGUUUUUAACAUUAUUACAAGGAAAUUGAUCUUUGACAUCACUGACAUUUAAAACAGUUUUGAUUGAUUCUGGAAGCUUAUCCAUUAAUUUAUAUUUCUUGAUUAUAUUCAAAGCAUCAGCUGGUUCAUCUGUAUUUUCUGUAGUGGGUCCACUUGCUAUAAAGUCUAGGGGAUCUCCCACAAUAUCAGAUAAUAGCAAUGAUAUGACUUGGGCCGGUUGAGCCUUAAUCGCUAAUUGACCUCCCUUCAAAUCUGAUAUCCGUUUCCUGACAGUAUUCAACUCUUUUAUUUCUGCUCCACUGUUGGCUAAUUGCUUUAUUAGGUUUGUUUUCUCAUCUAGAGCAAUGGGAGGUUUAGGUAAAGGCAAAAGAGCUGAGCCUCCUCCAGAUAACAAAACUAAGAGCAAAUCAUCACAUCCAAGAUUUGUGACAUGAUCUCUGAUUGCUUUUGCUGUUAUUAAAGCUUUAGCAUCUGGUAGAUUGUUCAGUGCACCUUCACAGUAAAAUACUUUUUCAUUUUUUGACUUAUAACUUAGACUGCCUUCAGGUAUACUUAUAAUUCCAUGUUUGAUUUUCCCAUUCAAAAUGUUCUCAACUUCUUUGGCCAUGUUUUGCACGGCUUUUCCACUUCCGACCAAAUGAACAUUUUUAUUACGUAAGCAAACAUUUUCCCCGUCUAUAGUUAACUGAUGGCUUGAAGGGUUAUAUUUUACGAAUCUUCUAAUUAGGUUUUCAGGAAGCACUGCAGAUACACUACUUGCGAAAAUCUUUCUCAUGUCAAAAACAACAUGUUUAGACAUUUUUGUGUAAACUUAUUCCCACUAUUUGCUUUGUAAAGAAGGUGAACAAAGUAUAAA